UCGACUGACCCCGCCCCCCUUCCCCUCCUAAGUGCCACUUCCUGUUCUUGUCAGAGCGCUGGAAGGCCAGCCUCUACCAAGGCACACAAUGGCCUCUAGAAACCUGAAGAGGUUUUGGGAAUGGGGCAGGAAGAUUAUCUGUGUCGGGAGAAACUAUGCGGACCACGCCAAGGAACUUAAAAACGCCGUCCCUACAGAGCCGGUCUUGUUCCUGAAGUCCCCGUCGGCCUACGUGAAGGAAGGGUCCCCGGUGGUCAUGCCCUACUACUGCAACGAUCUGCAUCACGAAGUGGAGCUUGGGCUUGUGAUUGGCAAACAAGGCAAGGAUAUAGCGCAGUCUCGGGCCAUGGAACAUGUGGGGGGUUAUGCGCUGUGCCUGGAUAUGACUGCCAGAGACACGCAGGACCAUUGCAAGAAGAAAGGACUGCCCUGGACUUUAGCAAAGGCCUUCGACACCUCCUGUCCAGUCAGCGACCUCAUCCCCAAAGAGAAAAUACAAGACCCGGGCAAUGUCAGCAUAUGGCUGAAAGUGAAUGGCAGCCUGCGGCAGGAAGGCAACACCUCGGCCAUGAUCUUCCCCGUCCCGUUCCUCAUUAGCUACAUCAGCAAAAUCAUCACCCUGGAAGAAGGAGACCUCAUUCUAACGGGAACGCCGGCCGGGGUCGCCUCCGUGCAGGAACACGAUGAGAUGGAGGCAGGGAUCAAUCACGUAAUCAGCAUGAAAUUCAAAGUUGAAAAACAGUCGUGAUGAGUUGAACUUAUUCAAUGGGGACUUUAAUGUAGAGGAUUUUGUAACGAUGCAAAGGGGAAAUCAAGCGCAGUAAUGGCAAUAACCACUAGGUGGCACAUCUGUCUUACAACCUGUUUUUAUGCUUUUACCAGAGAUAGAAAGCAUUCAAUAUUAUAAUUUUACGUUAUUAUGAUGAAAAUGAUCAAAUUAUUUUAAUUAGAAAUAGCCCGUUAUCUUACUAGAGUUGUGUCUUCACCGGCCGCUCCCUAGGCUGUAACCUCCAAUGCGCAGAAUGGUUAUGGCUCCUGCGGGAGAAAGGUAAUAAACUCUUUAUGGGAAGAUUU